GUGUGUGUGUGUGUGUGUGAGUGAGUGAGUGAGUGUGUGUGUGUGAGUGUGUGUGUGUGUGUGUGUGUUAUGAUAUGACUGUCAGCUUUAUCACACUAUAAAUGCUGAAGAAGGAGAAGAUUGGAUUUAUUUCAAGCUGAAGACAUCAGAUCUGCUGCAGAGAUGGAGUUCAGCAUUGAGGACACGUGGGACAGUAAACCAGUGACCCAUGACCCGGUGAAGAUCCGCUUCUCUCCCGGUGAUGGAGGUCUGAAGAUGGAGGUCUGUGCUCCGUUCUUCAACGAUCCUGCAGCUCCUCCUGGACCUCCGGGUCAGCCCUUCCCUGGACUCUGGGACUACGAAGUGGUCGAGUCGUUCUUCUUAAACAGCAGCACUGAGCAGUAUCUGGAGGUCGAAGUCUGUCCACACGGACAACACCUGGUUUUGCUGCUGAACGGAAAACACAACGCCUUCAUGCAACAGCUCCCCCUGGUGUUCAGUGCAUGUAUCACAGGGAGCAGCUGGAAGGGCGAGGCCCUGCUACCCUGGAGCUUCUUCCCCCCCGGGGUCAAUAAGAUGAACUCCUACGCCAUCCACGGGUUAGGGGCCGAGCGGACCUACGAGGCUCUCUACCCCGUCCCCCCCGAGGACCUGCUGCCCGGGCAGGGGCCCGACUUUCAUCGUCUGGAGUACUUCCAGCCUUUCAGCCUGCAGAGCAUCAUGGGAGAAGGCUGGGUCCAGCCCGAAUCUGACCUGUGGAAGGGAGUGAGGAAGUGAUCAGAGUGGACUGCGCCCUUAUCCAGGACAAUCACACUAACGACCUUAACGAGGGUGUAACGAGUGUUCUACAGCUGUUAUCAUUAAACACUCCCAGAUUUUAUGAAUAAAGUCAGA